CUUGUUUCUGGCGGCUCCGACGCCACCAUCAAGCUAUGGGAUCUUGAGCAGUGGUCUGGCGAUCCCGCGUUGCCCUCCCCCUAUGUCCCCGUCGCUUCUAUUCCUCGCGCCGAUGGCCGUCAGCUUGAUUCUGCCUCGGGGUCCGCAAGCGGCCACCGUUUCGGCAUUACCCAUUUGUCCUUCUAUCCGUUUGACAGCGCGGCCUUCUUGUCGAGUUCUUUCGACCACACGCUGAAGCUAUGGUCCACGGCGGCGGCACGUGUUUCUGGUACCUUUGAUCUAGGAACAAAAGUUUACACACAUGCUAUCUCGCCCAUUGCCUCACAUAUCCUCGUUGCAUGUGGAACACAGCAUCCAGCCGUCCGACUUGUCGAUUUGCGGUCUUCGGCCGCUGUUCAGUCUCUUGUGUCCCCGGGUCAGAUUGGCGGUUCCGCCGGCGCGACCCUGUCUGUCGCCUGGUCGCCAGUGCAUGAGCACGUUCUCGUCAGUGGAUCAGUUGAUGGCGCUGUGCGCAUAUGGGACGUGAGGAAGUCAAGCGGGCUUGUAGGGCUGCUUGAUCAAGAGGAUAAUGGGCUGGACGCUUCCCCCUCAAUGUUUUCCGAAUCUGAGGCGUCCCAGGGGCGAAUGCUACGCUAUUCUGCAAGGGCACAUACAGGCCCCGUGAAUGGUCUUACAUGGACUGACGACGGUGCCUAUAUCGUAUCUGCUGGCCACGAUCGCCGAAUCCGCGUUUGGGAUGCAGCGACUGGAGCGAAUACCCUAGCAAGUUUUGGGCCUACUAUUCGCAACAGUCAGAUGGGGAGCUUGACCAUGUUUGUCUCUCCAGUCGGCCUCACGCCUCCCAGGCAGGAGUUGCUCUUUUUUUCGAACGAGGCCGAGAUUCUAGUCAUGGAUCUACACGAAGGCUCUAUCGUUACGAGGCUCCGUGGCAUGGGCCCCAGCGUGGCUACUGUCGGAGCUCGAACGGUCAAGAAUCGCUUAACAGGUAUCGUCUGGAGAGGGGCCGGCGGAUGUGGAAGCUCUAGUGGAGUAGUUAUGGGAGGCACGAACGCUCCUGGUGGUAUCUAUAGUGGGCACUCGGAUGGCCAAAUCCGUACCUGGUUGCCGCAGCUUGCAGGCUUGGACGCCGAGGACGAGGACUCUAGCAGUCAUGAGGCUGCUGAGGCUCGGCAAAAAAAGCGCAAGGCCCUUGACAAUACGUUUAAAAGCCUGAUGGGAAAACAAAUCACGUUUUCCUAA